AUGCAGUUUUACAAGGAAAGGAUUCUUAACGCUGCUCAGUUAAAAAGACUCAGUGAACACAAAUAUUCGUGUACGAGUGCUAGUAUUCUAGAUGCUUGGCUUCAACCUUGGUGGUGCUGGCUAGUCUCUAAGACGCCGCUAUGGCUUGCUCCGAAUCUCAUUACUAUUCUAGGAUUAAUAGUGAAUAUAGUUACUACUCUCAUAUUGGUCUGGUAUAGUCCAGAUGCAAGACAGGAACCGCCGCAGUGGGCCUUCGCCCUCUGCGCGUUGGGAGUGUUCGUAUACCAAAGCCUGGACGCUAUUGACGGCAAGCAGGCUCGAAGAACCGGCAGCCAGUCACCACUAGGAGAACUCUUCGAUCAUGGCUGUGACAGUAUAUCAACAGUUUUCAUCGCACUGGGAGCCUGUAUAGCUGUGAAGCUCGGGGAAUAUCCUACGUGGAUGUUCUUUCAGUGUUUCUGCGCUAUGACGUUAUUUUAUUGCGCUCAUUGGCAAGCAUACGUCACUGGCACCCUCAAAAUGGGCCGCAUUGACGUCACCGAAGCCCAGUACACAAUCAUAGGGAUCCAUCUCAUAUCAGCAACCCUUGGACCAGACGCCUGGGCAACUAAGAUCGGCUCGCUGGAGGCUCGCUACUCACUAGGUGGCGCUGCUGUGCUGGGGGCUACCCUGACGCUUGGCGCUCUAGGAGCAGCCAUCGCCAGAGGGGGGGUCGGCAAGAAUGGAUCCACUGUCGCUAUUCAGGGUUUAGAUAUACCGUUGCGGCUGAUCGCGUGUACCUUAACGUUUUCAACGGCGUUGUACUUUGUCGUCAACUUCGCCGCCUCCUUCAGGCACAGGGGCUGUGGCAAGAACGGAUCCACUGUGGCCGUAAGACAUAUGCACAUGCAUGCACAUGUGGCCAUGCACAUGUCGCAUGUCAUGCACAUUAUGCGCUGGUUACGGUUGCCAUCUACCGGCGUCGGUCUGAACCUGUUGUCGAAUUACGCUGUGGUGCUGGUGACAGGCACCAUCGUCCUCGGAUACGUUAAGGUCAUUAUGAAAGGCGGGGUCGGCAGGAACGGCUCGACGGUCGCAGUAAGAGUUUUAUUAUCACCAAUCGGUGACACGAUACGGCUAAAAGCAUGUUUGUUUCCCGUGGAAGCCGCUCGGGUUUAUCUUCCUUCCAAGAUCAAGCUACAGCCGUUAUAUUUCCAGGGUACCAGUAUCCUGUCCCCGGUGAUACCAUUCUCCUUGGUGGUAGUACCAGCGUUUAUCAUCUUCCAGAAGAGCGAGUCCCAAGUCUAUGAGAACCAUCCCGCCUUGUAUAUUAUAGCGUUCGGUAUGGUUACCGCUAAAGUAACAAAUCGCCUUGUGGUGGCGCAUAUGACGAAGAGCGAGAUGGAAUACUACGACUGGUCGCUCCUGGGCCCAGCCAUGCUAUUCCUCAACCAGUACUUUAACCACGCACUGCCCGAGUAUUACGUGCUUUGGCUUUGCACGAUAUGGGUGGUAGUUGAGCUGAUCCGUUACUGUGGUCAGAUAUGUCUGGAGAUAUGUGACCAUCUGCACAUCAGUCUGUUCAGGAUAACGAGACAAACGCCGGCAACAGCGUCGCCUCACGAUAAGAACGGUACGAACAGGGGCAGGAGGGCCAAGAGGGUGCCCGCUUAG